AUGACAAUUCACGGUUUAUUGUUGGAAUAUUUGUCUGCGUACAAUAACCAUGAUAUUAAUAAAAUAGUUAGUUUUCUUCAUCCUGAUUGUCGUGUCAUAUUUAAUGAUCAAUUAGCAAUACAAGGUGCUGCAGCAAUGCGACCUACUUAUGAAAAAGAUUUUUUAAAUCCUCAAGCAAGUGCAACUCUUUUAGAGUAUCAUGAAGAUACUAACAAUAAAGAUCGUAUCCGUGUUUUAUUAAAAACACAGGAUAAUCGACUUAUUGAUGUAACAUAUAUAUUCGAAAUGAAAAAAGAUGAUGACAAACUGAACAAUGAAAAAAUGAUUGAACAUAUUAUUCAUUCAGUUAAACUUCAACAAGACUCACAAUCAUGA